AGUUUAAUGACGUCAAAACUAGAUAUUUUUAUUGAAUAAUUAUGACGGAAUUAGAGACAAUUGAGGUUCAAGCUCGGGAUCUUUUAUUACGUUGGAUUUAUGUGCCAGAUAAUGAGACACUUUCAUGGCAAUUAAAACCACAUAAAAAGUCUAUAAGAUAUGGAAUAUGUAAGAGAACGAAGGAAUUGAAGGUUACUAUGCGUGAAGAAACGGAGUUACGACUAUUAGCAGCGACAUCAUUUACAUCACAUUGUCGUUUAUCAAAGAAUCAUAAAUGUUGUAGGAAUGGGAGUCUUAAAGAGCGACUUGAGAAGGCGGGAUUAACAGAAGUUGUAUCUUUUAUGAGAUGCAAGGCAAAUGUUUUAGAAAAAGGAGUUUAUCAUGUGGGACCGAAUAAUGGAGGGCAUUUUGCGCUUGUUUUUGAUAAUACGUUUUCUAAACAGACGUCUAAGAUUAUUACAUAUGUUUUGAAUGCAUGUUUAAUGCCUCUUGAAGUGAUGUCAUUUAAAAAUACGUCAUUACAGACAAUAAUGGAAGUUGAUCCAUCAAAAGUAUAUUCUGGGGUUUUAUUGAAAAAAAAGAGAAAUAGACUUCAAGGAUGGGCACGAAGAUAUUUUACAUUGAAUAUAGCUACAGCAGUAUUAUCGUAUACAGGAUCAUCGAGUCAAUCGAUUCUUCGAGGUAUUAUUCCACUUUCAAUUGCGGCAGUUAGUGUCAAUCCUAAAUUAAGAUACAUUAAUAUUGAUUCUGGAGCGGAAAUAUGGCAUCUUCGUGUAUUGUCAGAUAAAGAUUGGGUUGGAUGGUGCCGAGCAAUUGAAAAAGCAGCGAAAAAUUGCAAUAGUAAACAUAUAGAGCAGCAAAGUGUUAUUGAUGCGGAUGCAAUUUUAACUUCUGGGCAAUAUGAAAGUUUAAACCGCCAACUUUGGUCUAAAGUUGAAAAUCUUGUUAAUAAAAUUGGUGUUCUUAAAGUAGAAAUGGACAAAAUGUUGCAACAACGAAAUGACAACACAAUGGAGAUUUUUGAUACCAAAAACCAGCAUGAUUCGUCAGAUAUGAAUGAUAUUAAUCAAAAUUCUACUUCUGUUGUAUCUUUAAAACGAAAAAAUUUUAUUCUGCCAUCAAGCAUAGAUGAAUUGUCAUUUGAUAUGAAAUUGUCAUCAUUUCAGAUUAAAUUAAUAAGUUCUGAACUUGGAAAUAUUUCUAGUCAAUUUAAAUCAUUAUUAUCAGAGCAUCAUGUUUUAAGUCAGCAUUCAUCAUAUAUAUCUGCAUUAAAAACACCUGAAAUUUCUAUAAAUUCUAUUAGCUCAAGAACUAGCAUGGAUACAACGUUUACAAGAGACUAUUGGUUUGAUGCAGAAGAAAUGCCGGAAAAUGUUAAACCAUAUUUGUUAAUUAAUAAUGAUUUUGAAAAUGCUAUUGCUAAUGAAUUAACAACAGACGAAAAUGAUAGUAAAAUGUCUAAUAUGUCUCAAGAUUCUUACAUUAGAAGACUAUCACACAGCAAAAAUAUGGAACAAAAUAAAUGCAAACAGUCCUUAUAUCCCUUAACUUAUUCAAUUCAGGUUAAUCGAAGGGAAAAUAUUCCUCCAAUUACAGUUUCACCUCCAAGUCUUUUUUCUUUUUUAAGGAAAAAUGUUGGGAAAGAUCUUUCAAGUAUUACUAUGCCUGUAAUAGCAAAUGAGCCAUUGAAUCUUCUUCAAAGAGCAGCAGAAGAUUUAGAAUAUUCAGAAUUAAUUGAUAAAGCUAUUAACAAGCCUAAAAAGGAUGGGGAACGAAUUCUUUAUAUUGCUGCUUUUGCAAUUAGUUCAUUCUCUAACAUGCGUUGUAAAGAACGUUUAGUUAGAAAGCCAUUUAGUCCUUUAUUGGGAGAAACUUUUGAACUUGUUAGGGAAGAUAAAGGUUUUAGAUUUUUAGCAGAAAAGGUUUCUCAUCGACCUGUAAUAAUUGCAUGCCAUGCUGAGUCGAGUUCAUGGACGUUUUCUCAUUCUCCUAAACCGAAACAACGUUUUUGGGGAAAGAGUGCUGAAUUGAUUACUGAUGGGUCUGUUCUUAUCAAAUUAGUUACAGGAGAUGUAUAUAUCUAUCGAAAGCCAGCAGUAUUUCUUCGAAAUGUUGCAUUUGGAGAAAAAUAUGUGGAGCCUUCUGGACAUAUGACUAUUUUAAAUAUUUCUACAGGUGAAAAGGCGGUAAUAUCAUUUAAACCAGGGAAAUUGUUUUCAGGACGGUGUGAAGAAUUAUUUGUUCAAGCGUAUAGUAGCUCUGGGGCUCUUCAGCCUUUAUCAAUUACAGGUUUUUGGACUCAUUCAUUAGUCUUGAAAAGAAGUGGUACAGAUUUCAAAGAAGUUAUUUGGAAUGUAGGUUCAUUGGUUGAGGAUCCCUUAUCUCAUUGUGGAUUUACCAAAUUUGCAGCUUCACUUAACGAAAUAACAUGUAUAGAAGAAGGAUUAAUUCCAAAUACUGAUACUAGGCUAAGAAAAGAUCAAAGAAAUAGAGAAAAUGGGAAUAUAGAUGAAGCAGAAAAGAUAAAAUCUCAUUUAGAAGAAAAACAAAGGCAAAGAAGAAAGAAAAUGGAGUCGGAAAAUAUUGAAUGGAAACCUAGAUGGUUUUACCAUGCUAAAAAUCAAGACCCUGGUUGGAUUAUUAAAACAGGAACUGAUAGUUAUUGGAUUCAACGAGAAAAGCAAAUGUGGACAAAAAUACCAGAACUUUGGUGAAUAUAAUUUAAUCCUAGAAUUUAACUUUUAUCGACUUUAUACU